AUGGUCAUUGUGGGUGCCGGCUUGACGGGGCUGUUGGCAGCGCAGGGCCUGAAAAAGCGCGGCUUCGACGUGGCCGUCUACGAGCAGGAGCCGCAUGAGGGCGCGCGGCCGCGCGACUGGACGAUCGUGCUGCACUGGGCGCUGCCGGCGAUGGAGGCGCUGCUGCCGGCCGACGUGCGUGCGGCGCUGCCGCAGGCCAUCUGCAACCGGCACCUGGUCUUUGACACCGAGGCCGAGUCGUUUUUGUGCUACAGCGGCCUCACCGGCGAGCGGCUCUUUGCCAGCAACAUGCCGGGUUCGCGCCGCGUUUCGCGCCAGCGCUUGCGCCACGUCCUGGCAACCAGUAUCGAUGUGCAGUGGGGGAAGGCAGUCGAAUCGAUAGACGACCGUGACGGCAGGGACGACCAAAAGAUCUGCCUCUCCUUUGCUGACGGCACCACGGCUGAGGCUGACUUCGUCCUCGGCACUGACGGCGCCUCGUCCAGGGUGCGCUCGCUGCUGGUCGGCCCCGAAAAGGCGCAGAGCACGCGGUCCGGCCUCAUGUUCGGCACGGCCAUCGUGCAGUACAAGGACGCGGACAAGGUGGCCGCUGUAGUCCGGAUCUGGAAGGACAGCAUGGCCAGCUUACAGGGCGAGGCCGCGCUCGAGUACAUGCGGACGCACACGUCCAAGUUGUGCCCCAUGUUCCAGGACCAGGUCGACUGGACGCCACCCGGAUCUGCCUGCAACGUGGACGAGAUGCGCUACUGGGUGCCCGUGCCGUUUAACAACCACGACGGCCGCGUGACGUUGGCCGGCGACGCCGCGCAUCCGAUGCUGAUCUACCGCGGACAGGGCUACCAGCACGCCAUUACCGACGUCGACAACUACAUCAAGGCCCUCGUCAAGAUCCGCGACGCCGGUUGGGCUGCUGGCGUACGCACCAGCGAGUUCGCCACCUAUGACGACGACCUGGUGACGCGUGGCGCCGCUGCCGUUGAGCAGUCCGUCCAGGAAGCCGAGCUGUCAUUUGACAAGGACUCCAUCAGCAAGAUGCGGAUGGUGCGCAAAGGACACGGCCGAUCAGCGUAG